AUGAAUCCUAUGACACAGUUGUACUACAAGAAGGCGACAUAUUCGCCGUACCGCGAUCGCAUCCCACUUCAGAUUGUCCGUGCAGAGGUGGAACUGUCUGCUGAGGAGCGGGCCUACCUCACAGCUGUAGAGAAAGGUGACUAUGCGGGAGUGAAACAUGCCCUUCGAGAGGCAGAGGUCUACUACAACAUGGACGUGAACUGUCUGGACCCACUGGGCCGCAGCGCUCUCCUCAUUGCCAUAGAGAACGAAAACCUGGAGAUCAUGGAGCUCCUGCUCGACCACGGCAUCCACACGGGCGACGCCCUGCUGUACGCCAUCAGGAAGGAGGUGGUGGGUGCCGUGGAACUGCUGCUGUCGCACAAAAGACCCAGCGGAGAGAAACAGGUUCCCUCUCUGAUGAUGGACAGCCAGUUUUCAGAGUUCACCCCAGAUAUAACUCCCAUCAUGCUCGCUGCUCACACCAACAACUAUGAGAUCAUCAAGCUACUUGUCCAGCGGAAGGUCACCAUCCCCAGACCACAUCAGAUACGAUGUGACUGUGUUGAGUGUGUAUCCAGUUCAGAGGUCGACAGCCUUCGACAUUCACGGUCUCGACUCAACAUCUACAAGGCUCUGGCCUCACCGUCUCUCAUUGCAUUGUCCAGUGAAGAUCCCAUCCUCACUGCCUUCAGGCUGGGCUGGGAACUCAAAGAACUGAGCAAGGUAGAGAAUGAGUUUCGUCAGGAGUAUGAGGAACUAUCUCAGCAGUGCAAGCGUUUCGCCAAGGAUCUUCUGGAUCAGGCCAGGAGUUCUAGAGAGCUUGAGACCAUCCUGAACCACAGAGACAAUGACCAGAGUGAGGAACUGGACCCCAGGCAGUGCCACGAUCUGGCCAAGCUCAAACUCGCCAUCAAGUACCACCAGAAAGAGUUUGUGGCGCAGCCAAACUGCCAGCAGCUCCUGGCCACACUGUGGUAUGAUGGCUUCCCAGGCUGGAGGAGACGACACUGGGUGGUCAAACUGGUCACUUGCUUCAUCAUCGGACUCUUGUUUCCCGUCUUCUCAUUGAUCUACCUGUUGGCUCCAAAGAGUGCUCUUGGAAGCUUCAUCAAGAAGCCCUUCAUCAAGUUCAUCUGUCACACGGCGUCCUACCUGACCUUCCUCUUCCUCUUGCUGCUGGCCUCGCAGCACAUCGCCCGCACCAACCUACACAUGCAGGGACCGCCACCCACCAUCGUGGAGUGGAUGAUUCUGCCGUGGGUCUUAGGCUUCAUCUGGGCAGAGAUUAAGGAGAUGUGGGACGGGGGAUUCACAGAGUACAUCCAUGAUUGGUGGAAUCUGAUGGACUUUGCCAUGAACUCCCUCUAUCUGGCCACCAUAUCUCUGAAGAUAGUGGCCUAUGUAAAGUAUAACUCUUCUCGGCCCAGGGAAGAGUGGGAGAUGUGGCACCCGACGCUGAUAGCCGAGGCUCUGUUCGCCAUCGCCAACAUCUUUAGCUCUCUCAGACUCAUCUCCCUCUUUACCGCCAACUCCCACCUCGGGCCACUGCAGAUCUCCUUAGGGAGGAUGCUGCUGGACAUCCUCAAGUUUCUCUUUAUUUACUGUCUGGUCCUGUUAGCGUUUGCCAAUGGUUUGAACCAGCUGUAUUUCUACUAUGAAACCAAGGCAUCAGAGGAACCCAACAACUGCAAGGGCAUCCGCUGUGAGCUAAUGUGCUGGGGCCCCUACGUCAUCAUGUGUGUCUAUGCCUGCUUUGACAACAUGAAGCUCGUCUCUCUGAAGCUAAGAAUGAUGCUUCCAGUUAUUGCAAAGACAAAUCCUAUAUUCAAUAGAGUUUGGCACUUCAUCACAGGACAGAAAAUUGUUGAACCAGAUAUUAAGAAGUCAAAGUAA